AUGCCGCAGCCCGCGGCGCCCCUCGGCGCCGCGCUGCUGCUCGUCCUGCUGGCGGCGGACUCGUCGCAGACCGUGCUGCUGCGCGCGCCGGAGGCGGCCCAGUUCCUGCGGCAGAGGCAGCGCCGCGCCUAYCAGAUCUUCGAGGAGACCAAGCAGGGGCACCUGGAGCGGGAGUGCGUGGAGGAGCACUGCAACAAGGAGGAGGCGCGGGAGGUGUUCGAGAACGACCCCGAGACGGAAUAUUUUUACCCGAGAUACUUGGCUUGUAUUCAGAAAUAUGGGUCACUGCAUUCAACAAGGACAGAUUUCCUUACAUGCGUUCAUAAUUUGCCAAACCAGUGUUCGCCCGAUCCUUGUCACAAAGAGGGGACUGUCAGAUGCGAAGAUCUUAAGGGAGACUUCUAUUGUGAAUGCAAACGUGGCUGGCAGGGAAAAACCUGUGAAAAAGAUAUCGAUGAAUGCAGCGUGCAACAUGGUGGCUGCAACCAGAUCUGCCUCAACAAGAUCGGCAGCUACCGUUGUUCGUGCUACAGUGGUUAUUCCCUUAAAGACAGCACAACAUGUGAAGACAUAGAUGAAUGCGCAGCAACAGCAGACAUCUGUGGAGAAGCUCACUGUAAGAAUUUAAUAAGCUCAUAUGAGUGUCUUUGUGAUGCAGGCUACAGAUAUGAUGAGCUGAGAAAGACUUGUCAAGAUAUAGAUGAAUGUGAAGAGCAGCUCUGUGAGCAGACCUGUGUUAACUCACCAGGAAGUUACACCUGUCACUGUGACGGCAGAGGGGGAGUAAAACUUUCCCAAGACAUGAACACAUGUGAGAACAUUAUACCAUGUGUGCCUUUUGCUGUUGCAAAAAGUAUUAAAUCAUUAUACCUGGGGAGGAUGUUCAGCGGAACCCCUGUUAUCAGGCUGCGCUUUAAAAGGAAACAACUGACAAGACUUGUGGCUGAGUUCGACUUUAGAACCUUUGAUCCUGAAGGUAUCCUUUUCUUUGCUGGAGGCCGUCAAGACAGCACGUGGAUAGUCUUGGCUUUGCGCAAAGGCCGCCUAGAGCUGCAGCUGAAAUACAACGGGAUCGGCCGCGUGACCAGCAGCGGACCGCUCAUCAACCACGGCGUGUGGCAGACAAUCUCUGUUGAAGAACUCGAGAGAAGUUUGAUUAUAAAGGUCAACAGGGAUGCGGUUAUGAAGAUAUCUGUCUCGGGGAACCUGUUCACCCUAGACAAAGGAUUGUAUCAGCUGAAUUUGACAGUAGGAGGCAUUCCGUUCAAAACGAAGGACCUUAUUCUACCUAUAAACCCUCGGCUGGAUGGUUGCAUGCGGGCAUGGAAUUGGCUGAAUGGGGAGGACACCACCAUCCAAGAGACCAUAAAGAUGAAUGAGAAGAUGCAGUGCUUUUCUGUAGCAGGACGAGGAUCCUUUUAUCCUGGCCGAGGUUUUGCUGUAUUUCAUCUUAGUUACUUGCAACCUUCUUCUGGAAAUGAAACCAAGGCAGAUUGGAGAAUAGAAGUAAAUGCUGUAAUUCAAGCAGCGACAGAUACUGGUGUGCUCUUUGCUCUGGUUACAGAAGAAGCAUCUGUCCCCUUGUCACUAUCUUUGGUUGACUAUCACUCCACAAAGAAACUUAAACAACAGUUUAUCAUCUUGGCCUUGGAGAACAUGGUUGUGUCCAGACUGGCACUAAAUCUCUGCGAUAAGAAGGAACACUCUGUGGACAUCCUCCUCAAGAAGGAUCAGUUAUCCUUGAUUGUAGAUGAGAAAGCUGCGGAGAGUGAAUUAAGUACCUCUGAGCUAGAGGAGAGCCUGUCUGUCCUGGAGAACUCGUUGCAGUCAACGGUGAAGACAUAUGUGGGAGGAUUGCCAGAUGUUGCCGUCACCUCAACUCCGGUCACUGCGUUCUACCACGGCUGCAUGACUGUGAAGCUGGGCAACAAGGCCCUGGACUUGGAUGAGGCUCUUUACAAGCACAGUGACAUCACAUCCCACUCUUGUCCUCCYGUUGAGGCGGGUCAGUAGGUACCACUGCAAUGCGAAGGUUUUGUAUUCAGAAACUUUCAAAGCUUUUCUUUUUUUUUUUUUCUUUUUUUUUUAAGAUAUAAAUUAUUCAGACCUACUGCACUGCGUGUAUAGUUUCUCUUAAACACUGAAGUUAUGUAGGAGCUACUGAUCCUUACGUCAAAUUGAUUAUUGAAAUACUCCUUUGCUUUGAGGUUUAAAGGUUGUAAUAUAUUUGUAAAUAGUUCAGAAGACUAAUAUUAAAUAAGCCAAAAGUACAGAAUAUACCUACCUAAAGUGAAUGUUAUGUUUAGACUGCAAGAGACAGUUUUGUCUGUAAUGUGGGAAGCCUGGUAAUAUAUAAGUGUGGACUGGAAGAAAAUAAUAAUGCUGUAUUAUUUUUUAUUACCAAACACUGCUUUCUGAUUUACAAAAUAUGAGAGAAUAAAAUAUUUGCAUACAAC